AUGGAUGUGCGAGAGGAGCUGGUGCAGCUCUACCGCACCUACAACCCGCGGCGUCUCACGGAUAUCGAUGCGAUCUUGGAACAGUUCAAAGGGCGCGAGCGUGCCAUGGUAGCGGCACUUCGCGAGAAGUAUACUCGCGGUGGUGCGUCGGCCGACUCAUCGUUCACUGGCGCCUCCGCUGCACCCCUGGCAGAGGUGCCGUCGCGGCAGACGGUCACUCGAGAGGUGGCAGCAGCACCACCACCACCACCACUCACAGCAGCGGCUGCUGUUGGCGAGGCGCCUUUAUCGGCACCCGUUCCCCCACCUCCGUCUUCUACAGCCGCUCACCUAUCCUUUGCUGACCGAUCAACUGGUGAGGCGGCGCUUAGCACCUUCAUCCCUUCCCCAUGCGCUGGCAGUGCUGCGAUCGGGCACGCUACCGCCACCGCUGCCGGUACCGCUCCUGCAGAGCGCCACCAAGAAAUGGCACGGCUGAUUGAUCAGAUGUGCUCCGUGGAUGUUGAACGGCUGGCUGGUCGUGUGGCGAUGCUGUCGGCGUCCGCGCCGUCACCGUCUCUGCGUACGCCACGACUACGGUGGCGUACGCAGAGCCGUGAGGCGUCGGUGCUCCAGGUGGACGGCGAAGGCAAUGCUGGCCGAUACAGCAGCAGCAGCAGCAGCAAUAGGGAGCUAACCGAGCUGCUGCGACACACCGCUGUCUUCUUGAACUUCUUCUCGCAGUGUGCCCGGCGCUUUCUCCUACUUGCAGAGGAGGAGUGGGGGCGUCUGGCAGGUUCAGCGUUGACCGCAUCCGAUGGCGUAGCAUCGUCAUGGGUGCCUCCACGGAUGGAGGCGCGCCGAACUGCCGUCGAAGUGCCGCAGCGAUCGCCGCACCAAGGCCACCUCAGCACCCGUGGCAGUAAGGACAACGCCGAACCGAUGCGCAGUGGCGUUGAUGGGCCUCCACACGACAACGGUAACCACGAGCGUGAUCGCUGGUGUGGCAGCAGCAGUAGUAAUAAUGGUGACAACGACGAGAACGCAGCGCCUGGCAUUGGCACCCGCCCCCUCUCGUCGACGAGGGCUUGUAUUCAGCCUAAUGCAGCGAUCGUGUCCCCACCGGAGCACUACGCCGGGGCACCGCCGACACCGUCUGCUGUUGCCGCUCCUGUCCACAGCUGUGAUGUGAACCAAGCCCAUGCAACAGUCUCCAGCAGCCGCCGACGUAGUUCGUGUGUACGAGGCAUCCGUCAGCCUUCCUUGUUCUCCUCCUCGGCCUCGCCUCCGCGAGCGUCGACCGGUUCCCCUCCUCUGCCGGCGACGGAGCGAGGCGGGGACCGCGUGGCCGGAAGCAGCUCCCCGACGUACCGCACGACGACCGUAUCGCCGCUCACCUCGUCUACCAGUAGGCGCAGUGGACACUCGCCUCGCACGCCAUCCCCUCCGUCUCCGCCGCGCCACGGCGAAGGCGAAGCGACAUCAGGGGCUUCGGCUGCGGCUGUCACUGUGAGGACACAUGCUGACCAGCACAGCCCUUCCUUGCCUCUCGAUGGUUCCCCCGCUGCCACACCACCGCGGCCCUUGGACUCUCCACCCACGCACGGCGGUGCGCUGAUCUUGCGACCUCCACCAGCGCUGACGCCGCUCGCGCGCAGGCGAGUGCACACGUGGACGCCGUCCUCUCAGCUCAACCGUUAUGCAGCGGCGUGCGCGGCUCUGCAGAGCGGUGACUGCGUCGUGCUGCAGCCUGGCGUGUACUACGAGGAACUGGUGCUGGACAACUGCGGACACGUGGAGCUAGCGAGCGCGUACCCGGGUGCCGCGGUAGUGCUGCGGCCUUCCUCGAAGCUGGCGCCGGCGCUCCGCAUCCGCGGCGCACGCAGCCAGGUGGAGCUGAAAGGUGUCGUGCUCGUGCAGGGGGAGGGAGUCGAGGCGAAAGACACACAGAUGGUCGCUGCGGCUUCCGCUACUCUGUCCUCCACUUUCUCUACCGCACCCGCGCUCCCACUGCUCUCGGUGAGCGAUGGCGCGGUACUGCAGGCGACGGCUUGCCAUUUCUACGGUGGCGCUGGCGGCGGCGUCGUCAUCGCCGGACCGCACACGCACGCCACACUGGACCUGUGUCUCAUCUCGCUUUGCAGUUUUGCUGGCAUCUAUGUGCACAAUGGCGCCAGCGUUGAGGUGCGGCAGUCGAAGGUGAAGAAGAGCGAGGCGGGCCUGCGAGCGCUGGAGGCGUCCUUCUAUGUGAGCGAGUCAACCCUGGAGGAGAACAAGACGGACGGCAUCGUCGUCUACAAGGGCAGCAUGGGCGUUCUGGAGGGGUCGAGCCUCUUGAACAAUGGCGGCAAUGGGCUCUUCCUCGAGGGCGGCUCCGGGGAGGAGGUGCGGGUGAUUGGCUCGACGAUUGAGCUGAACGCCUUCUACGGGGUGCAGCGCUCCCGCAGCUCGACGCUGCAUAUCCAAUCUUCCUAUAUACGCGACAACGGCUUGCUGCCCAUCAGCGAGGAGGGAGGCUGA